AGCCGAUGCCAGCCAUGGCCGAACAUGCAGCACGCGACUAACCACAUCGGAUGUAAAUGUACUGUGUACUCUGGAAACAUGGCUGGCAUGACAGCAGGACGCUCGGGUUAUGUCAACACCAACCUCCAAUUCCGAAACUGAGCGAUUGAGAGCUCCUUCUCGCUCUCACUCACCUCUUACCCUUUGUAUCCCCCUUAGGAGUUGAGAGCUGCACCUUCGCCUUACGCUUCCCAUCGUGAUUCGGCUUUCUCGUCACUCACAAUGCCGUAUCCAUCCACCUUCCCGCCGCUUGAUAUCCCCGACGGGAUCGAUCUUUGGACUCUCCUCCUAGGAAAUAAGCGUCGAGAUUUCCCCGUAACCAAGGAGAUCCUAACAUGCGACGAGACAGGUCGCUCCUACAGCUGGGCCGACCUGCGGAGUGCCUCUAUUGAGUUUGGCAAGGGACUGAAGGCCACUUGGGGGUGGGAAAAGGGCGAUGUUCUAGCUUUCUACACGCCCAACUCUAUUGACACCCCCAUACUCACCCUGGGCGCCCUCUGGGCCGGCGCCAUCGUCUCCCCGGCUAACCCCCUCUACACCGUCGACGAACUAGCUUUCCAGCUCCGGGAUUCCGGCGCGAAGGGUCUCGUAACCCAGCCAGCCAACCUCCCUAUUGCCAUCGCCGCCGCACAAAAAGCCAGUCUCCCGCUCGACCGCGUCAUCCUCCUUGGCAACCACCGCGACCCCUCGGGGCAGAUCCGCCACUUCUCCAGCAUCCACAGCAGCAGCACCACCACCACCACAAACCAACACACCCAAGCCCAGAUCAGCCCGCAAGAGAUCGGCUUCCUCGUCUACAGCUCCGGUACGACGGGAUUACCCAAGGGCGUGUGCCUAACACACAGCAACAUGGUGGCCAACGUGCUGCAGGCGAGCUACGUCGAGGGCAGCCAGUGGCGGCCCCGCGGGGGGGCCGACGGCCGCGGCGAUAAGCAGCUCGGCGUCCUGCCCUUCUUCCACAUCUACGGCCUCACCUGCGGCGUCCUCAUGUCCGUCUACGAGGGCUGGCAGCUGGUUGUGCUAGAGCGCUUCGAUAUGCUCCGUGCCCUGCGCGCCAUCGAGCGCCAUCGGAUUACGUUUGCGUAUGUGCCCCCGCCGAUUGUGCUGGCGUUUAGCAAGCACCCGGCGGUGGAUGAGUAUGAUUUGACGUCGCUGAAGGUCCUGCACUCUGGGGCUGCGCCCUUGACGAGGGAGUUGACCGAGGCCGUGUGGAAUCGCAUCCAUGUGCCCGUGAAGCAGGGGUUUGGUUUGUCUGAGACGAGCGCAGUGGUGUGUUGUCAGGUGGUGGAUGAGUGGGGGAAGUUUAUGGGGUCGGUUGGGAAGAUUAUGCCCAACAUGAGCGCCAAGAUCGUGGGAGAGGAUGGGAAGGAGGUGGAGGAGGGGGAGUCCGGCGAGCUUUGGUUGAAAGGCCCGAAUGUCUUCCCAGGGUACUUCAAAAACCCGGAGCGAACCAAGGAGGCCUUCUCACCUGAUGGCUUCUUCAAGACGGGGGAUGUCUUCCGGCGCGACAAGCACGGCAAUUUCUACUGCGUGGACCGGCUCAAGGAGCUGAUCAAGUACAACGGCUACCCCGUCCCGCCAGCGGAGCUAGAAGGCGUCUUGAUAGGCCACAAGGAGGUGGCGGAUGCAUGUGUCAUCGGCAUCGAGGACCAAGCGAAGGCGACGGAAGUACCUCGGGCGUAUGUGGUACUUCGCGACGGUGUAAAAGCGAGCGAGGCCAAGGCACAGGAGCUCGCAGACUGGGUGGCAACCCAGGUCGCACCUCACAAGAAGCUGCGCGGGGGAAUACGGUUUGUUGACCAGAUCCCGAAAUCACCCAGCGGUAAGGUGUUGAGGCGGGUGAUGCGGGAACAGGUGAAAAAGGAGCAGCGAGCGUCUGGGGCAAGGCUAUAGCUGUCAAAUAUUCUCUUCGGAGAGCCUGUAUUCACUGCCAUCGGCACAUCAUCUAUCCUCUAAUACAAAUACACCUCUAGACACC